CUGGCCAAUCACUAAAUUCAUUGAGUGCUCUUUACAUGCCAUAGAGAUGCACAUGCUUUGUUGGUUAUUACGUGUUUCUCUUUUUGACCAUGUCACCAAUGACACAGUAUGGGAGCCAAUGGGCAUUGCUCCAAUACCUGAGAAAAUGCAGGAGAAACAUGGCCAGUAAUAUGGCCAUGUCCUGUGAGCAGCCUCCCCACACCUCUGCCUGCAUCAAUUUUAACACAGGUGGCAAGCACCCAAUGGAAACUGAAGCAAAGAUGGCAAGACACAAGAAAUUCAAACAUGAAAACUGUUCAGUUGGACCUGGAUGGUACAUUUGAUAUACAAGAUGACAUUCAUCAAUUCAAAAAGUGGACCCUGCACCUCUGGGAAUAAUGCUAGGAGGAAGAUGAAUUUAUUUUUAUAUUUUGGUUGCUGUAUAAAGGAGAGAGAUUCAAGGAAAAUUACUGGGCUUGGCAGAAGCCAAGUUUAAGAUUUUAUAGGAAUCUGUAAAAUUUCACAUCAAUGGGCAUCACUCUUUAAAAGCUGCCUUUUGUGAAUGUAUCUUGUCUUUUUAUGUACACUUGAGAGCAUAUGCACCAAAGACAAAUUCCUUGUGUGUCCAAUCACACUUAGCCAAUAAAGAAUUCUAUGAGCUUUAAAAACAGCUUUGAAACUGGCUAAAGUUUCCAUAUUUAUUUAUUAAAUUUCUAUCUUCCCUUUAUUAUUUUACAAGUAAGGCAGCAAAAAUACAUAAUACUGUGCAUCAUUACAUGAUGGGUGAACUGUCUGUGUCAUAAUUGUUUAAUUGGUCAGCCAGUGACAUUUCACUUGGAAUCCUGCAAGCAAGGGAACUAGACAACAGAAAGUCAGCUAUCAGGUACAUCUGUAUCCCUGGAAAAAAAAAUAAUAUUAAAGAGAACCUGAAAACACUGUGCUAUGAAAUGAGUUUGGAUUCUGAAAACAAAGCAAAUGCCACAGAGGCUGGCGCACCAAAUUUGUUUCUUUGCGACACCUGUGGAAGGCAUUUUGCACUGGAAGCACUGGCAAGACACAAUCCAAUAUGCAAAAAAAUUUUCAACAAGAAGCGCAAGCCAUUCAAUUCCUUGAAACAACGACUACAGGGAACUGAUAUCCCAACAGUGAAAAAGAAGCCACCCACAAAGAAUGGACAGGAGAGAAAAUUGAAUUGGAGACAACAACAUGAAGAUUUUAUUUCAGCCAUCAGAGCCGCUAAACUUGCAACUCGAGCCAUGAAAGAAGGCCGUCCUCUUCCACCACCACCACCUCCGUCCAUUAACCCAGAUUAUAUUCAGUGUCCUUAUUGUAUGAGAAGGUUUAAUCAGACUGCGGCAGAAAGGCACAUCAACUUUUGCAAAGAACAAGCUGCCAGACGAUCCUUUGCCCCAGGCCAGAAGGGAGGCAAACCAGCUUCAGGAAAACAAGGAGUUUCCAAAAAAGAACCAACUUUAACAAAUGCUGUGGGGACACUACUUCAAAAUAGAUUACAAGGGGCAAAUACUGGCCAAUCUGUAACAGGUAAAUGACAACAUAUCUGAAAUGCUUAGAAAUAC